UAUGAUGGUUCAGGCUUUGUGAUGGCAUACUUAUUUGUUGAAGGAAAUAAGCAAGAUGGAGCACGAACAGAAAUUUUAGCUGACUUUUUUAAAAGACUACAUAACUUAGGAAUGAACAAACUUGUUUAUUUAUAUACGGAUAAGGACUUUGCACAGAUUUCAGCAGCACGGCAAAUAUGGAUAAAUAUUAAAGUGCAAAUUUGUUAUUGGCACUUUAAGAAGGCACUUAAAAAGCGAUUAGUGGAUAAUUCUCAACCAAAAAGAAUAACAUAUAGUUCUUAUGACGCACAUAAUUCAUUUAACUUCAUUGAUAUUAAAUUUUAUCCUACAGAAUUACCAAAGAGCAAUUUUUGCUUUUGUCCAAAAAAUCUACGACCUAAAGUUAUUUCGAUUAUGGAGCAUCACAUGCAUUUGCAUCCUCUUAUUCCUAAUUUAGAAGGGAUCUUUAGCACAAAAGAUGAAAUCUGGACACAAUGCACAAAAGAAAUGUAUGAAUUUUGUGUUACGAACGAUCUUAAAUACCUUUGGUCAUAUUUAUGGACAAAUUGGUAUCGUAAUGAACUUUGGCAGCUUUGGGUCCGUUCUGCAAUAUCUGAUCGAAUUUGUGUUUUUCGCACCACUAUGCUUGUUGAAUCACAUUGGAAAGUGAUCAAACGUAACUUCUUACAAAAAUUCUUCCGACCACGGCUUGAUCUUGUAACUUAUAUUAUUACUUCACGGCUUAUUCCACACCAAGAACAACAAUAUUACAAGUAUUUUAACAAACGUGAAAUUCCAUCUUGGCGAAAAAACUUUAAAAGAGAAUGGAUUUCAUUAAAAAAAAAGGAGAUCAAUAAUACUUACAUAACUGAUAUCGAUAAAUGGUUUUGCAAUUCAUUUUAUCAUAGUGUUCAAAGACAAGAUAUCUAUCCAUUUAUAUACUUACCAGGCCAACAAACUUCUACACAACCAUCAGUUGGCACAACAUUAUCGUUAAGUAAUACGUUGAAUAAUUCAUUGUCAG